AUGCCCCGCACUCGCUCUACGGCUCCGUCAGGGCAGUCUGGACCUGCUCCUGAACAGCAGACGAGAAAGUUGACAGCUGCCGAAAUCCCCAGCAAGACCUUUAUACUUCCGUCCAACACCAGCGCCAAAGCGCGUCUGCUCUCCCUACCGAACCCACAGUCCGGCGAGCUAUCCCGUUACUUCUUCUGCCCAGAACGCGGUAUCUUCGAAUUUACGGUUGUCGCGUCGCCGGCCUCGGCUCCUCGGAGUAUUUUAUUCACCCCUAACAAGCGUCAAUCGACCGAUACCGUGUCAGAACAUGAAGGGAAAUCGUCUGGGACGGCGUCAAUUGCCAAGAAGGCCGAAUUGCUGGUCGCAACACCCAUUGAUGCAAUCUUCUUCCUGGUUCCUCUGCUGUCAACCUCCUUAAAAUCUGGCCAAUUGCUCUUCCAGCCGCUGGACGACAUCAUCGACUCGAAUGACGACUUACACCCGCACUUCCGCCAUGUUCUCUACGAGGAGACGUUUCGCAACACCCUACUCGCACGCGCCAAAGCGAUCUGUGAUAUCGUGGAAGCAGGUGACGACAGCAUGUUCCGAUUCAGCGAGGCCAAGCUCCUCAAGGAACUGCUCGCAAAAGCAGAACGAAUGGCGGUGCAAGAGCUGCCGCUCAGCUUGGAGGAGCGGUUCAUCCGUCAAGCAUUGGCAGCUCCGCUGAUGUCGGUUAAGCGCGACGAUCUGUUGACUAACCAGACUGCGGGCAAUGACGAGACAAGCCCGACUGAAUCUGACGAGAGACAGGAUUCACCGUCGACACUGGCCACUACUGCCACCCCCUCGGUGUCGACCCCUGCUUCUGAAACUACACCUGCACCCCAGCCGGCUGGUGAAGGCUCCGAAGAUAUCCGCCGCUUGCAACGAAUCUCGACUGCCUUGUCAUUCAUGAAGGACUCUUAUUUAUCGUCUGCUCUGUCCUCUCGUCUGGAUGAAAUGCUCGCCGCCCCAGAAACCCCUUUGAAUUUCGCGCCAUUAACCGACCGUCUGAAGGAACUCACAGCUCUGCGGGCUGAGGCCCUAGCCUCUCGGGGCAUGUCUGACUUCAGCCGAAAACGCGGACUGGACGACGAGGAGGCUGAGGAUCGAGCUGAAAAGAAGCGCCGAAAGGAGGAAGAAGAGAAGAAAGCGAAGGCAGCUGAGUCACGGGGAGUCCGUGACCUGAAGAAAGUCAACACGACUGGCAUGAAGAAGAUGAGUGACUUCUUCGGAAAGGCCGCUGCUAAGAAGAAGACUUGA